AUGGCGAAUCUACGCAUUAGUGAAUUAUUUGACGUCGCCGGCCGAUGGGUUGCAAUCACUGGUGGAGCCUCUGGCAUUGGACAUAUGCUGGCGCGAGGAUGCGUUGUGAAUGGGGCCAACGUCAUUCUCAUAGACAUAAAUGAGAAGGCGCUCGCGGAUACCAAAACUGAAGUUGAGAAUUUAGCGACGUCUUCAAACUCAGGUGCUGAAGUGGUGAUAAUCUGUGGUGAUCUUUCCAGCGAAAACAUGGUCAAAGAUGUGGUUGAGAGGAUCAGAUCUAAUCGAACAUCGUUAGAUGCAUUGAUUCACUGCGCCGCUGUUCGAUACAUGAACGACAUUACGUACACUCCAGGCGACAGUCUGGGCCAACUCGAAGCCGCGACAUUAUCAGCGCCGUACAAAGGCUGGGAACAUACCUUUCGCUUGAAUGUCCUUGCACCAUAUUAUUUAACGGCCGGAUUAAUCAGUCUCUUGGGCUCGGCAGCCACACAAGGAGACGGACGGGGCUGCGUCAUCUUGUUCAGCAGUCCGGCCAGCGUGCAUAACCACCAGUUUGUUCCCUGCUAUCAAACCUCCAAGGCCGCAGUGGACCAUCUUGUCAGAAUCAUGGCGGCCGAGUUCGCAAACUUCUAUAUUCGCAUCAACGCCAUAUCUCCUGGGAUUGUUCCCUCAGGAAUGACUCCCGACGACGGCACUUCCAAUCUGCGCUUGGCAGGCGAGACUCCGGCCAAGCGGGCAGGAAACGAAGAGGACAUGGUCGGGUGCGCGCUUUGGAUAAUGAGCAAGGCAGGUGCUUUCAUGGAUGGAAAGGUGGUUCGAGUUGAAGGUGGAAGGUUGCUUAUCCUAAAAGGCGUCACUUCCAACUCGGAUUAA